UUGCAUGAUUAGUUAAUAUAUAUUUAUUACAAUCUACAUAAUGGACAAAGCAAAUGAACUAAACGAUGGUUAUUCAUUCUUAGAUGAGAUCAACAAAUCUAAUUCAAUUGAAAUAACCAAGAAUGCCAUUGAAUCUACUCUCAACAAUGAAAUGAUGGAAUCUUUUCUUUCAUCUGCGUCCUUCAAUUCUACCGAAUAUAAUGCAAAAAGCUUUACCAAUUUUUUUCAACCUGAAAGCAUGAAACAUAGUACUCACAAUUCUGAACCAAUUUCAGGAUAUCAAAAUCAUAUUUCAGAAACCAUACCUUUAAGGCCACCAUCUAUAGACACAAUUAUAGAUACAGCUGUUAAUUUAAAUCAUAUACCAACUACACAUUAUGAAACCAUAAUUGAUGAUACUCAAACCUUAGCUAAUGAUCAAUUUAAGAAAAAUAAUUUAGUUGAAAUGAAUAACAUAUUUUCUCAAAAUGACUCUAUAUUGGGUUCAAUCUUAAUAUCAAAUACAUCCUCUGAUGAAAAUGUUGACAUAAAUAUUGCAAAUUCAACUCAAGAUUUACCAUUAAAUAAUAUGCAUAAUGCUGAAACCUCAACAGAUUCCGAUAUAAUAGGAAUAAACGGUGACCUGACUUCACAAAUUCAUACCCAAGUUUUGGCAGUAAAUACUCAAAACAUGGUGAUCAAAGAACCUUGCAUAGAUUCCUCAAGAGAUUUUAAAAAGCACUGCUUAUUUUGUUAUUCACUCAUGGAAGAUUUUUUAUCACAUUUAUACAUAUCAGGUGAUACAUCAAAACCUAUAUGCCCUAAGCACCUACCCUGUCAAGCUGUGAGUGUUGUGAUUCCCUCAUGUGUUGAAUGUGGCAAAAGAUUGACAAACGGAAGAAUGAUAAUAUUAGAUUCAAAUUUAGAUUUUUGUAGCGAAAAUUGCCUCCACAUAUUUUUGCCAAAAUUGAGCAUAAAUUGUUUCUUAUGCCAAAAGAUUCUUACGAAGGAAGCAUUUGGCCAAUUUUGUUUGAAGCUUGAAAACAGGAAUAUUCGACAAUUCUGUGGGGAAAUAUGUCUUGAAGGAUUCAAUCCUCUUGCCAAUUAUUGUUACCAGUGUCACAAAGAUAUUACUCAUGCCACUACUCCACCUUUAGAACAUAUCAUGCAACAAAAUAUAUCCUUUGAUCCAAAUUUAAACAACAUUGAAAAUUCUCAAAUGGAAUACUUUUGUGAUCAAAAUUGUCUUUCCACCUUCCAACGACGGUCGCAUGCUGGCUAUUUUGAGUGCUCGACAUGCAACGUGUGUCACAGGCCGGAUCAGCCCAUUCUGCAGUGCCUCGUGAUUCCUUACAACGUUGCCACCAAGCGCCCUUCCCUGGCCAAGCUAUGUGGGCUAGCCUGCUUGAACCUAUUCAUGAGCCAGAACAGGGCUACCAUGAAUAGCGGUGUCAAUGUCAACGCCAGCAAUAGAUUGUCCUCCGCAUCGAAAAGGGGGUUAGAAGAGGGAGGUCGAUCGAUGAGCAACAACGCGCUAGAUGGCGUCAACGAUAACAAGGAAGAUAAGCGUUCCCACGAAAAUUACGAUGUCGAUACUCACGAUAAGGCUACCAAGAGUGCCGAACCUAGAAAUGAGAACAGCUGCGAAUUUUGUGGCGCGUCUCUCUUGGGUAGAUCUACCAUGACGGCACUCACCGUAGACAGUAAAACCAGGUUUUUCUGUGGAGCUAAAUGCGCUCAAUGCUACAAAGAGGAAGAGAGGGAAAAAAUGGUAAAACCAGGAGAACGCCACACCAAUAACAACAACAAAACGCUAACGGAAUGCUAUUGGUGCAAGGGGCUGAGAUUCACUAGGGAUAUGGUCUGCAUCAAAGGUUUAUCAGAAAAUGAAGACGUUACGAAUCACUUUUGCACCCAAAAUUGUGUGGCCCUAUACAAAUUGAGCAAAGGAGAUCUGAGAGAGGAAUUGGGAGGUGGUAUGGAAUAUGAUGACAUGGGUGCGGAUAAUUCAUCUAGUCGUCUCAGGAUGAUCCAAUGCGAUAAUUGUUCCAAGAAUUUCACGAAAGCCACCGAUUUUUGUCAGUUCUACGUGAGUGAGAAAGAGAGUGAGGAUGGACUUAAAAAACAAUUCUGUUCUUUCCCGUGCAUGGCCCAUUACAAGAUCGCUUUGGGUAAAAGGCAGCAAGAUAAGGAAAAAAACGGUCAGCAACAAGCUUUGCUGUCGGGGAAUAACAGUACGGGAAUGAAGGGACCCAGUUUGCAUCAAUACCACCCUAAUUCCGCAAACGACAAGGAUGAAAAUACGAAGAAAUUACCCGUAAAAAAUAGGACAAACCUGCACAGGAACGUGUCCAGCCUUCUCACCCGCAAUAAUCAAAUCGAUAUUGACCAUUUACGCUAUACCUCUACCAGCAACCCUUCGUCCUUCAGGGUCCUGCUCGAUAUUCUCAAAAAAACUGGGCUUAGCGGUGGGUACAAUGGACCAGGACAAAACGGCCCAGUGUGGCCCGUUCCCCCCUGCGACGUUAAAAACAAAUCUACUUCCAUUAAGCCACUCGUCCGAUCUCAAGGCACCUCCACGGACAAGUUCACCCCUUUAUCUAAAACGGACCGAGAAUGUCAGACCGAUGACAUAAAACCGCGAUUCCUUCCCAUCCCAAUUCCGGUCCCGUUCUACAUUCCUUUCCCUCUACACAUGUACACUUCUUUUACCCCAGUGCCCAUAGCUAUCCCCGUACCCAUCUUAGUUCCGGCGUUUAUCCCCACCACUUACAACACCGGAGAAGAUAUUUGCAAAUACAUGAAAACCGUCAAAGAUAAAGUUCCUUCAGAUCCGCUUCAAGCUGAACUGCUGAUGAUCGCCCAGAUGGUGGCCGAUAAUGAUUUAGUUAACCCCGAGGCUCAAUUCGUCCCAGACAGGGUUAGGCUGAAACCUCUCAAAGGAUCGGUUGGUUUCAAGGAGCCCCCGGUCACGUACAGUGAACCAAAUACCGAUGACAUUAAUGGCUCGUUCGUAAACAAUAACCAUAACAAAACACACCAAAGCAACAUGGUCCAGACAAAUAGUAAUAUUAAUGCAACCGGGGUCCAAAUGUCCCAACAAGACGAAGUAUAUCAAAUGGCCAUUCAAUUCGAUUCCUUGGCUAACGGGGAAGUAACUACUGCUAUACCCAUACAAAACGCUGACGGUUCCAUAACAUACGCUACGAUAGAUCCCUCGACAGGGACCCUGACUCCCAUCGACCCCGCCCUUCUCCAGCAACACUUACAGAGCCUUCAAAAUAUGCAGAAUUUUAAUCUUCAACAACAAGGUGUCAACCAAUCCCAUCAACAUAGGGAAUCCCUUGCUGACCAAUCUCAAAGCAAUGACAGAACUACAAACGAAUUGGACACCUUGGACGGGAACGAAGUGGGGGCCAUCGACUAUUCCCCUCCUUACACGUUUAGUCUCCAGGAGCAGCAGCAGCAGGUCCAAUCGUCUUCUCCCAACACCGGAAACGUCAAGCAUUUGGAACCAGCUUUUGGGGUGGGAGCUUUCAAAUCAUGGGCCCGUCUCAGGAAUAACGAAACCAUCGCCAAUCUCAAUCUUAACAACCUCGAUUUGGCCAUAGAACAAAAUGGUGAGCUAAUGAAGGAAGACCCCUUGUAUUUGAACACCGAGGAUUUGAUCAAUGCCUUAGCCAUUUUUGUCAGGGAGAUCAAGAAACCUAGCCAAGAGGAUUACACUUCGGAUUCGAUCUAUUACUUUUGCUUAGGUAUUCAAGCUUACAUUUACGAAAAUGGUAGAUCUGAAAAUGUGUUCACGGACACGCUAUACGGGAUUUUCACUGAUGCCUUGAACGAGGUCCUGCUCAGGUUCGAACCCCAAAUAACCACCGAAGGCAUGCUCUUGUCCCGUAUAGACGAGGAGUGCUUGUGGGAAAGCAUGCAAUUAGGCGCACAUUCGCCUCACGUCCUUUUAAACACGCUCCUCUAUUUCAACACCAAGUAUUUUCACCUCACCACCCUGGAAGCUCAUUUGAGCUUAUCGUUUCAACACGUGGUUAAGUGCCUCAAGGAAAACAAAACUUCUACCAGGCCUUCAACAGAUGAUCAGGACGAAGAAAAUUCAGAAGGAAAAGGCGAUUUUAGUAACGCAAAUGCUGAUUCUGCGAUCACAAAAUCUGUACUGCGGUAUUAUUCCCAAGGAAAAGAUGACGAAGAACAAAACGUAUCGAUUUACGAACAAGACGAAAAUAUACAGCAACCACUGAAAUGUCCUGUCAGACUCUACGAGUUUUACCUAUCCAAAUGUCCCGAUGAAGCUAGGAGAAGGAACGACAUAUUUUAUUUGCUGCCCGAAACAUUGUGCCUACCCGACAGCCCCCUCUGGUAUUCCAACGAGAAUCUAUCCCCCACCAUACUAGCAAAAAUGUUCAAUCGCAUAUUCAUAGUCAAAGAAACUCUGGAAUCUAACAUAACUAUCUAAAGAUAUAUAUAUUUAAAUAAAAAAAAACUGAUUAUAGAUGGCGUUGGUCCUCCUUAAUACUACCUAUUUUUAUAAAGCAAUUACAUCAAACAUCCCCCCCCCUCAACCGAAUCCUUAAAGAAGACAUUUUAUUUGACGAAAUAAUUUUGAUCCGAAUCAAUUCAAGUGAUUGGUUGUCAAUUUUUUAAAAAAAAAAUUUAUUUUUUCUUAAAGUCUAAAAUCUCAAGUUAAAUGAAAUAGUAUAUAAUAAUAAUAAUCAUCAUCCUAAAAUAUAGACUUAAUAUUUACGUGAUAUACUUGUAAGAUAAAUUAUAAGUAUACAAACGAAUAUAUAUAUAUUAUCAUAUAUAAAUAAAAGAUAUGCAUCCAUAAAAUUUCUUUACAUUUUUUUUGUUACCGUUAUAAGUGAAACACAGAUAGUGAUGAUUUAUAUAUUUCAUAUAUAUAUAUAUAAUUUCUAUUUUAUUCAAAAAUUAAUAUUAUAAUAAUAACAAUUUACACAACCAUAUUAUAAUUAUUAUUUUUCAUAUUUAAAAUAGUCUUUUUCCCCCCUGAAAGCCAUUAUUUAGCAGUUGUCAAGAUGGUUUUAUUAUUAUAAUUUGUGUGAUUCUUUUGUACAUAAUUCUUGGCCUCUUUUAUCUUGUAUCUAUCAU